ACCGGAGUCAAUUGGAUACAUUCCAUGCAGCCAUAUUUAUCAGACGUGGAUUAGAACGACGACUUUUCUCAAACUUUUUUAGCAUUUUGGUACCGUUUUUGACAACAUGUCUACGGCUGAACUACCUUGCUACACUUUGAUUAAUGUUCUUAACGAUUCUGAGGCGCAGAGUGAGCAAAAGCUUGCCGAGGAUCUGGAAAAAGGCGAUCUCAGGGUUAAAACAGAGGCUCUUAAGAGAGUGAUCCAACAAAUUUUAAAUGGAGAGAAAAUGCCUUCCUUGUUGAUGGUGAUCAUCAAGUUUCUGAUGCCACUUGAUGAUCAUACCAUCAAAAAACUCCUUCUGAUUUUCUGGGAGAUUGUUCCCAAGACUGGCCAAGAUGGUAAACUGUUACAGGAGAUGAUUCUGGUUUGCGAUGCAUACAGAAAGGAUUUACAGCAUCCCAAUGAGUAUAUCAGGGGAUCUACUCUGAGAUUUCUUUGCAAGUUAAAGGAAGCUGAGUUGUUGGAACCUCUCAUGCCAGCCAUCAGAAACUGCUUAGAACACCGUCACUCAUAUGUGCGACGAAAUGCUGUAAUGGCAAUUUACACAAUCUACCGAAAUUUUGACUUUCUAAUCCCUGAUGCCCCAGAGUUGGUACACACCUUCCUGGAACAGGAACAAGAUGCGUCCUGUAAACGUAAUGCCUUUAUGAUGCUUAUCCACGUGGACCAGGAACGUGCCUUGGAGUACCUGAGUACUUGUAUAGAUCAGGUCAACACUUUUGGUGAUAUACUACAGUUGGUUAUAGUUGAACUGAUUUACAAGGUGUGCCAUGCCAACCCAGCUGAGAGAUCUCGCUUCAUUCGAUGCAUCUACAAUUUGUUGAAUUCAUCAUCGCCAGCUGUACGCUAUGAAGCUGCUGGUACUUUGGUGACCCUUUCAUCUGCUCCCACAGCAGUUAAGUCAGCAGCGUCCUGUUACAUUGAGCUGAUUGUGAAGGAGAGUGACAACAACGUGAAGCUCAUUGUACUAGACAGGCUGAUUGCCUUAAAGGACAACCCUUCUCAUGAGAAAGUCCUUAGGGAAUUAGUGAUGGAUAUUCUUCGUGUGCUGUCCUCUCCUGACCCUGAAGUUCGCAAGAAGACUUUGCAGCUUGUGCUGGAUCUGGUUACUUCAAGAAACAUUCAUGAGGUUGUAGCUGUUCUAAAGAAGGAGGUGACCAAGACGCACAAUGACAGUGAACAUGAGGAUGUUGGUGGAUAUCGGCAGCGCCAUGCCUUGUGGAUUAUGGGUGAAUAUGCCAGCAGCAAACAGGAUAUUCUGGAUGUUACGGAAGAGAUCAAGAAGGCCCUGGGCGAUGUUCCCAUUGUGGAUGACGAAAUGAGAAGAGCUGCUGGAGAUGUUACGGAAGGUUCAGAUCAGAGCGCGUCUCAGACAUCGGGUGGGCAGCGUCUGGUGACAGCCGAUGGAACAUACGCCACCCAAAGUGCUCUAAGCACUCCUGGAAUAACUUCUCUAACGAAGAAAGACGACGAGAACAGACCUCCUUUGCGUCAAUAUCUUUUGGAUGGUGAAUUCUUUGUUGGGGCGGCUGUCUCUUGUACUUUGACAAAACUUGCUCUGCGCUAUUUGGACUUGGAGGAAGACAAGGAGAAACAGAAUGUCUUCUGUGCCAACUGUAUGCUCAUCAUGGCCAGUAUUUUGCAUCUUGGAAAGUCAGGCCUACCAAAGAAGAUUAUUACCGAUGACGAUGUGGAUCGUAUUUCUCUGUGUGUUCGUGUUGUUGCCGAGCGUGUGCCAGUCAUGAAGAACAUCUUCACUGUUGAAUGUCGCAACUCCCUGUCCUCCAUGUUGGACGCUGACAAGAGAGUGGAGGAGGAGAAACUCACAAAGACGGAAAUUGAGAAGGCGCUGGCAAUCCAAGUUGAUGACCCAAUUCCCUUCAUGCAGCUGUUGGCCAAACCAGAUUCUGGAAUUACUGAGGAUCAGUUUGCACUUGCUUUGUCUCAAGCGGUGGGUUCUACUGGAAAGAAGGACGACGAGCUUGUGGGAUCUAAACUAAACAAGGUGGCGCAGCUGACUGGUUUCUCGGACCCAGUGUAUGCCGAGGCGUACGUGAACGUGAAUCAAUAUGACAUCGUGUUGGACUUGCUGAUCGUGAAUCAGACUUCGGACACACUGCAGAACGUCACCUUGGAACUGGCCACGCUUGGAGACCUAAAGCUUGUUGAAAAGCCACAGCCCAUCAUGCUGGGACCGAACGACUUCUCCAACAUUAAGGCGAAUGUGAAAGUUUCGUCGACCGAGAACGGAAUUAUUUUUGGAAACAUUGUGUAUGACGUGUCAGGAGGUACAGGUGACCGCAACUGUGUGGUGUUGAAUGAUAUUCAUAUCGACAUCAUGGAUUACAUUGUACCAGCUUCUUGCACUGAUUCAGAGUUCAGGCGGAUGUGGGCUGAGUUUGAGUGGGAGAAUAAGGUGACUGUGAACACAAACAUCACCGAUCUCCGUGAAUAUUUGGAUCACUUGAUUGCUUCAACUAACAUGAAAUGUUUGACCCCAGACAAGGCGUUGGCAGGUGAAUGUGGUUUUAUGGCGGCUAAUUUGUACGCCCGCAGUAUUUUUGGAGAAGAUGCUUUGGCUAACGUGUCAAUCGAGAAGCCCAGUGACCAAUCGGGGCCAUCAGUUACUGGUCACGUGCGCAUCCGAGCUAAGAGCCAGGGAAUGGCUCUGAGCUUAGGAGACAAAAUCAAUCUCUCUCAGAAGAAAGUCACUAAGUAAUUAGAUUCCUUAGAAAUUAUUUCGAUCUUUUACUCUGAAGGCGUUGUGUUAUUGUUAACUCAGCGAUGCUAUAACUAGAAUGUAGUGUCGAGUUAGCUGUAAUAGUUGUAUUAGAAAUAAAACAGAACUGUAAGUUACGUUA